GGAUCUACGCAGAUACCAAUUUAAUUUCAAAGUUUAAGGUUUCUGGUUGUGUUGUAUUUCCAUCCUUCUGCUUAUUUUUGAUCUAGGCGGCUCAUAUUUCUCUGGCCAUAUCUUCCUCUUUCGCUUGUCUCUUCGUGUUGUAGUUAGAAACUAAUCUUUUCUUCUUCCUUUUUCUCUUUCUCUCCAGAAAUGAAUAGUUGAUGAAUUGAUCGCAGUCUCUGAAAUUCCGCCAUUGCUUGUUGAAAUGGUGUCCACUACCUUUACUGAUCAGAUUCUCCAAACUUCAAGUGCAACCAUCACGACUUGGUUACCGUUAUCUACAGCAUGGCCUUCGACAGCAGCAUGCUCGAGUUUAGUAUAUGUUGGUUCGGGGAAAGAUGCCGCGAAAGUUUUUGGAUGGGAUCCCCUAUAUCAAGCUGUUCUUGACACUGGUUCCCCGCGAUGUUUUGCAGAUGAAAUGGCCAGUUGGUGGCUAGAGCCAUCGAGUGUGACGAUAUCUUUGGGUCCGACAUUCAAUUGUCCUGCAGCGUAUAGCACCGUUGCAACAUCCGUUCAUAGUGCGGGUGUUACCCAAGUUUUUUGUUGUCCGACCGACUAUAAUCUCUCGGUUCUAAUUCCAUCACAUUCAUACGGUGACUACCCAACUCAAUGCAUGUCCACCCUCACCGCCGGCGAUGUCCUUAAAUAUCAAACUCCCACCGGUGGCAUCUACCAACCCGCAAGUUUGACAGUUAGCUCAACCCUACUUGUCCACGGAGAACAUAUCAACGGAUGGAACAUCGACGAUGCCGUAUUCGCCUCCAUGAUAGGUUCCUCACAAACAGCAACAACAACAACCUCUUCUACAACUUCCUCCACAAACAGUGCAUCCAGCACAACUACCAGAGAAUCAGGAGCCGCAACCACUACAAAGACACCAGAAUCCGCCACCUCAUCCUCAACCUCAUCCUCAACCCCGCUAACCAGCAGCCCUAAACCCAACAACUCGACUGCCCUUGCAGCCGGGGUCGGCGUCGCUGUCGCCGUCGUAAUCCUCGGUCUUGCCGCUGCCAUAUUCCUCUUACUACGCCGUCGAAAAAAGCGCGCAAACAACCCAACGCAAGAAAUCGAUUCGAAAGAAAUCUACACCUCCCCACCAACAUUUGGACAUGGACACGCUACGAAUGAGUUAUCAAAUGAGCCUCCCCCCAGAGAAAUGGACGGAAAUGUUAAUUUGAUGAAGGAGUAUUAUGCUCCGAGACAGAAUGUGCAUGAAAUAUGAAGUAGGGUAAUUGUGGGUGAAUUGUAUAUUUGGCGUGUUAAUGCAUCGAAAGUUCAUGCGUAUAUAAUGAUUGAUACCAAGGUUUGAAGGGACCACUUUGUUUUGAUGGAGUAUGAAUGGAUGAGAAUAUCUUA